CAAAGAUAUUUCUGAUCAAGAAGUUCCACCCAGAUGACUACAUGAUUAUAUUGGCACUGCCAUUUGCACUCGCACAUUCAAUCUUGCAGAUGUAUCAAACGAAAAACGGAUCAGGGUACCACAUGUGGGAUAUCACUAUGACUAAGUAUGAAAAAUACUUCUUCGUACGUAAAAGUCCUUCUUCUACCGGCAGUCUUUCUAAGCCACUCCUCCCCAGGUUGGUGGAAUUUUCGGACCCUUAUACGGAAUGGUAACACUAUUCAUUAAAUGCUCUAUUCUCCUUUUC